AUGAAGUCUGACUCUGUGUGGCAUCGAAUCAAACUAGGAGUUAAGAGCUACUGGCACCGACUGCAAUUUGGGGGAAACAAACUAACCGGGUGCCCAGACAUCAGGGAUGUAAAAGUACGUAAAGAUGAAUCAGUUGUGGAUAUGGAUGGUUCAGAACUUGCAAGCUCAUCGAUUUGCUUGUUAAGCCUGGAUACAUCUACACAUAAGCACCGAAAGCCCUGGAUUACUUGGGCACCCAUCAGUGGCUGCAGCUGGAACUGCUCACGGCGACGUCCACCGCAGCUUCGAAUGCCGAAAGUGGCUAAUCGGUUUGGAAAAGAAGCUGAAGGAUUUGUGAUCAAGAAACGAGUUAUACGAUGCAAAAUUGUAACUGCCUCAUGUACAAACCAGCAAGCGGAACGGAGAUCAGUUAACCGUCAGAAAAAAUCCAAGCAAGCUACCAGAAUUUUUCCUUCAUCCUCCUCCUCCUCCUCUAACGGUUCACGUAAAGGUUAUUUUCCUCAGUCUCUUUAUUGCCUGACCGCCUACCACUUUUGCUGGCACGAAUUCGCCUUUCUUGUUGAUGCUGGAUUCGAUCUGAAUCGGCCACAAUAUCUGCACUGUGAGAGCACUGAUUCUGGUUCCUUCGUCUUUCGUUUUAUCUCAGUAUUAGACCUAUUUUUGUAUGUUGUUGAAAAAUGCCAUCUUUUGAUCUCCAAAGGGCUUCCUCCAGCAGAUAGUGUUGAAAAUAUUAUGUUUGACAUGCGAAUGCUUAACAACCGAUGUGCAUCUGGAACAGUGAUGUUCCCGCGAUUGCUAUCGGCGCUUCUGAGCAAAGGUGCAGACGUUCGUGUGACGUCAACAACAAGCGACGAAAAUGUUGUCGGAGGGUUACCCACAAGUCGCAUACGCAGUUUGUCGACGAUAGCGGCAAUGGAACUUUCAUGUGUGCACAAAGCAAACACUCCGGUUGUUCACAACCCUAUUGACGCAGCCGGAAUCAUUCGUCAGCUGAUCAAAUCAGGCCUUCAACCGGACAGUAUAACAGCUGAUUUGGUGGGUAGUCAGCUCCCGACACAAGACAACCUUUAUGAGAAACUCUUGUGUAGGUGGUUCCAGGAGUGCUUAGAUCAGGACAUUCGUAAAGCGGAAGAUGCAAAUGUUGGCCGCUCUCUCCAUCCGCACAUCGAAGCCCGCCAGCAGAUAUGUCAGCGAUUACCUGAAAAUCUACGUCGCAGUGUGGCCUAUUUGGAGGCAAGUGAUGUGAGUCAGGAACUCGAAUUCAUUGCUAAUAUUCGUUGGUGA